AUGGCUUGUUUGAUUCCUCUUUCCCUCAAUACCGACUGCCAGGCAAAGAGAUAUACGGUCUAUUUCCCAUGCAAUGAGGAUAUGCUAAGGAGCUUUGAAGCUGGCUCACAGUCUCUAUCAAGUUCAGCAAACCAGCAGGGAUUUGAGAAGGAAGACCAAGAGAUACUACGCGAAAUGCAACCUAUUCCCCGGACAAGUAUGGAGUGGAAGGCGGCUUUGGGCGAGAUCAAGAGAGAUUAUAUGAACCGUCGGUUUAGACAGUGUGCUACACGAUGUCACGAAAUCCUCGAAUAUGGUGCUAAGCUUAACAAAGCACACCCUGUGCACCUCGUCUAUCUUCGCUUCUACGCAGCCACAGCACUCGAAAUGCAAGCCCGCGCAAUCCACCACUCUUCACCAUCUCGGACCAGUCUUCUCAAACAAGCAUACGACCAUCUCAGUGCUGCUUCUUCCCUCGCCAAACAAGCUGAUGAAGAUGUAAGCCGUCCGUCAUCGCGGGUAUCGUCGCCAUUGUCCAGCUUGCAUUCAUCAUUUGAUUCCAAUGCAUCUGCCUCGACCGUUUCCACAAGAAUGUCGUCGCCGGCCCCGUCAUUGAGCUCCAUUGACGAAAGCGCCUUCAAGCCAAUUCAACGACCAAGACCAAAGAAACGUGUUGCGUUCUGCGACGAACCCAUCAUGGAGCCCAUCAUUCGACCCGAUUCCCCUACCCUGGGAUUUGAUGAAUGGCUCGGCCGGUCCUCACCGGAACCCAUCUAUCCCGAGUCUAUUCUGAAAACCGCCAAGCCUUCACCUGCGGCAGCCAUUACUACAAACCUGGAACCGGCAAGCCCAAACCCCAGCGAAGUUGAUGACAACGACCCAUUCUUCCAUACUCGCUCUAUUCACCGAUUCUGCACCAUCCUCGGCAGCAUUCGUCGCCAAAUUACCUCUCACAUGACGACCUUGGACAUCGAAAUUGUCGCUUGCCAAAUCCCUAGUGUGCCCGCCAGUACGAAUCACGAAAUGCGAGCCUUGGAUGUGAAGGCUCGAAUUGAGAGGCUACGAGCAUGCGGCUGGAAGCGCGCACGUUUCGAUGCAGAGCGGUACGAAAGACUGCGGGAGAACGCCCUUGCUGAUAUGGUGGAGUGA